AUGGCUGUCUCUUCGCGCGCCGGCUUUCUAGCCGUCGCAGUCGUCUUUCACCUCGCCUAUAUCUACUCUAUUUUCGACAUUUACUUUGUUAGUCCAAUCGUUUCAGGCAUGAAACUUAUCCAGAUCGACCGGCCCGAUCAUGUCAAGGCUCCCGCCGAUCGUUUGGUUCUCUUUGUUGGAGAUGGUCUACGAGCAGACAAGGCCUUCCAGUCCUUUCCAGAACCCUACCCCGAAUCCGAGGACGAUCUAGCCCCGCGGCCACUGGCCCCUUUCCUACGAUCCCGCGUCCUGAAGCACGGCACCUUUGGCGUGUCACAUACGCGCGUGCCCACCGAGUCUCGUCCAGGUCAUGUUGCGCUCAUCGCCGGUCUGUACGAGGAUGUCUCGGCAGUCGCGACUGGCUGGAAGCUCAACCCUGUCAACUUCGACAGCGUCUUCAACCGGAGCCGUCACACUUGGAGCUGGGGUUCUCCUGAUAUCCUUCCCAUGUUCGAGGAAGGCGCUGUUCCUGGUCGUGUGGAUUCCUACACCUAUGGUCACGAGUUUGAGGAUUUUAGCCAAGACGCUCUGCAGCUUGACUAUUGGGUUUUUGACCACGUCAAAGAACUUUUUGCCGAGGCGGCUAAGAACGAGACCCUGGACGCUGCCCUUCGUCAAGACAAGGUGGUCUUCUUCCUCCAUCUUCUUGGGUUGGAUACCAAUGGCCACUCGUACCGACCUUACUCAAAAGAAUAUCUCAACAACAUCAAGGUUGUGGAUCAAGGCGUCCAGGAAAUCACUGCACUUAUUGAAAAGUUCUAUGCUGAUGACCGAACCGCUUUCGUCUUCACGGCAGACCACGGCAUGAGUGACUGGGGAAGCCAUGGAGAUGGCCAUCCAAAUAACACUCGUACGCCCCUGAUCACUUGGGGUUCAGGCAUUGCACCACCGGUGCUCACCGCUAACUCUGUUGCUCCUGGGCACGAUGAGUACUCCUCUGAUUGGCACCUUGAUAAUGUUAAACGACAUGAUGUGGCACAAGCUGAUAUUGCGGCCCUGAUGGCUUACUUGAUUGGCGUGGAGUUCCCUGCUAACUCUGUCGGCGAACUACCCUUAUCGUAUGUUUCGUCAAGUAUCGAAGAGAAAGCGCAAGCAGCUCUUGUGAACGCUCGCGAGAUCCUUGAGAUGUAUAGGGUUAAAGAAGAACAGAAGAAGGCGACGGAAUUGCGCUAUCGACCGUUCGGGCCGCUGAGCAACGCGAAUCUUACCCCUGACCGCCGGGUCAGUGAAAUUCAAGGCCUUGUCGACGCUGGCAACUAUGAAGAGGCUAUUGAAGAAUCGGCUGCUCUUGUCAAGGUUGCGCUGGAAGGUCUGAGAUACCUCCAAACUUAUGACUGGCUCUUUCUCCGCACGCUGAUCACCAUCGGCUACCUUGGCUGGAUGGCAUUUGCGCUCACUGUUGUUAUCGGCUUGCAUGUCUUGCGAGGCAGCCACCCCCCUUGCCGUACGAGAGUGGGCACGACUGUGUUCACGUCAGUACUUGCGGCGCUGUACGCAUCUUUCGUCAUCUCCAAGUCCCCCAUCACCUACUACGCGUAUGGUUUCUUCCCUGUCGUCUUCUGGGAGGAAGUCUGGGCUCGGCGUCAUUCACUUGUCAAAGGCCGUCAGGUGCUUUUCGGGCACAUCAAGACCGGGGGCAGCGUGGUUUCGUUCUCGUUGAAUGUUGUGGUCUACGUCGGCAUCAUUGUUUCCCUCGCUCUUGGAUAUAUCCACCGCGAGGUCCUGACUGUUCUUUAUGUCCUUGCGGCCUUCUGGCCCAUGACGUACGGCUUGAGAUUCAUCCAUUCGAACGUUCUGUUGGCUGUGGUUUGGUUUUUCGCAUGCCUCGUGAUGAGUGUUUUUACAUUGCUUCCGGCCAUGAAAUCAGAGGACGUUCCUCUUAUUGUGGCAGGUGGGAUCGCUAUGGCGGCUAUUGGUAUGGCUUAUCUUGUCUGGGAAGACAAACUCCUUAGUCGGCCAGCCCUGCCGGCUGCCAGGGCUCUGACCGGCGUCCAGGUCGGCCUAAUCCUACUCGCAAUCAUAGUCACCCGGUCUAGCGCCUUGUCUCUCCAGGCAAAACUAGGAUUGCCCCGUGGCAACCAGGUGGUUGGCUGGAUUAUCCUCGUUGUGUCGCUACUUAUGCCUCUGGCCCAUCGCUUGCAGCCCAACAAUCAUUACAUGCACCGUCUAAUGACUAUGUUCUUGACCUGCGCGCCGACCUUUGUCAUUCUGACUAUUUCAUAUGAAGGAUUGUUUUAUGUGGCUUUCAGCAUUCUGCUGGUCUCUUGGGUGGGCCUUGAGCAUCGCGUAUUCGCAUUCAGCAAGAGGUUCGCAGACGAACGACGCUCCCAAUCUAACGGCACUGCCAACGAGGAGCCGAGACUCUCUCCGCCGGCUUUCAGAGCCUUAACUCUCGCCGACGCGCGAGUUUCAUUGUUCUUUUUUGUCUUGCUGCAGUCUGCCUUCUUCAGCACAGGCAAUGUGGCUUCGGUCUCGUCCUUCAGCUUGGACAGUGUGUACCGGCUAAUCCCUAUCUUCGACCCCUUUUCCCAGGGAGCACUACUCAUACUGAAGCUGAUGAUCCCCUUCGCUCUCAUCUCGGCCAACUUCGGAAUACUUAAUGUCAGACUGGGUGUGGCGCCGUCGUCUCUUUUUAUGUUGGUUAUGGCCAUUAGCGAUGUUCUUACUCUCUACUUCUUCUGGGUAGUGAAGGACGAGGGCUCGUGGUUAGAGAUUGGCUCCACCAUCAGUCACUUUGUCAUUGCGAGUCUGCUGUGUGUGUUUGUGGCAGCUCUCGAGGGGGUCAGUGCGCUGUUUAUUGGCGGCAUUGAGGUCGAGGGACCCCAAGGUGAAGGCGAGCAGAACGGGGCGGUGGCAUCUCGUACCACAGGGCGCACAACUGCCAAUGGCAAGACUCCUUUAACCGCUACCAAAGCAUAA